UGCCAGUGUACAAUUAGCUGUCCUCGCCCUUUACGGUGUUAGUUGAGACAAUUAGCAGGGCAAAUAAUUUGGUCAUUCGGCGAAAGAUCAACUCUAUAAAAAUUAAAGUACCAUUAAUGUGUUUAACAUGGCAAUUCCAACCAGAAUAUUAGGCAGAAUUUUCGCUGACAGUUUGAAGGUUGGCCAGUCAGUAAGGUUCAACAGUUACGAAUCUACAAGAUGGAAUUUGAAACUAACUGCCAAUACCAAAGUUAUAUGCCAAGGAUUCACUGGAAAACAGGGUACUUUCCAUAGCAAACAAGCUCUUGAGUAUGGAACUAAAAUGGUUGGAGGAGUUUCUCCUGGUAAAGGAGGAAAAACUCACUUAGAUCUUCCAGUUUUCAAUUCAGUUAAAGAGGCUCGUAGUGCUACUGGGGCAGAUGCCACAGUUAUUUAUGUGCCACCUCCUGGUGCUGCAGCUGCUAUCAUUGAAGCUUUGGAUGCUGAAAUGCCUCUGAUAGUUUGUAUAACGGAGGGUAUUCCUCAGCAAGACAUGGUUAAAGUGAAACAUAGGCUUCUAAGACAAAAUAAAUCCCGGUUAAUAGGUCCUAACUGCCCAGGAAUCAUUGCUCCAGAACAAUGCAAAAUUGGUAUUAUGCCUGGACAUAUCCACCAAAAAGGAGUAGUUGGUGUUGUUUCAAGGUCAGGUACAUUGACCUAUGAAGCAGUCCACCAAACUACCCAAGUUGGUCUUGGUCAGACCCUCUGUGUUGGUAUAGGGGGUGAUCCAUUCAAUGGCACUGACUUUAUCGAUUGCUUGGAAGUGUUUCUGAAAGAUCCUGAAACCAAAGGUAUUAUUCUGAUUGGAGAAAUUGGUGGUGUAGCUGAAGAACAAGCUGCUGAUUACUUGUCGAAACACAAUAGUGGUCCUAAUGCAAAACCUGUCGUCUCCUUCAUUGCGGGGGUAUCAGCACCCCCUGGACGUCGUAUGGGACAUGCUGGAGCUAUAAUUUCGGGCGGAAAAGGUGCUGCCAUUGACAAAAUAAAUGCUUUAGAAAAGGCUGGAGUAAUCGUUACAAGGUCUCCCGCACAAAUGGGCAACGAACUUCUCAAAGAAAUGCGGCGCUUGAACAUUGCUUAAGCAACCAUUCUUUAAUGUAACUUUUUUAUGAUGUGUGUUUUCAUGUAAAAUAGUUGUACUAUAGCCAUUGUUUCCUCAUAUUGCACUAUGUUAUUUAUAUCAUUUUCCAACCAAAAAUAUUGUACUAAUCAAAAAGUUUUUACGGCCAAAUUUUAUUUUAAAGAAAUUUUUAUCUGUGAAAUAUUUUCCUUCAAAUUAUAUACGCAUGGAGUUUUGGGGAGAAAUUCCAUUGUUAUUUAUAUUAGUAAAGAACUGUUAAGUUUAAA